AUGCUGGUCGGGGUGGUACUCCUGAUCUUGGACCUCUUCGUGGCUGUCCACGGCCAGGGGUUUACUGCUAAUGUCACCAAGCUCCUCAACAGCCUCUUGUCCCGAUCCUACGAUAACAGGAUACGGCCUGACAUGGGAGGGCCUCCAACUAAAGUGACAUGCAACAUGCAUAUAAAAAGUUUAGGACCGAUAGAAGAAAACGAUGAGACUUUUUUCAUGGAUAUAUACUUCCGUCAAUCAUGGUACGAUCGGCGAUUGAUUUUUUCAUUCCCUGGAAUUGAUGAGUUCUCUAUGUCAUGGCUUUUCCUGGAGAAAAUUUGGAAACCUGACACAUAUUUUAUCAAUGGAAAGAAGUCUCACUUACACGGGAUCACCAGUCCGAAUAAGUUCAUAAGAUUAAGAAAUGAUGGGUUGAUGACGUACUCAAUGAGGCUGACAGUUGCAUCCCAGUGUAAAAUGUACUUGCGGAAGUUUCCAUUGGACAGUCAAAAAUGUUCUCUAAUCAUUGGAAGUUAUGGUUACGUGACAGACGAUCUCCAUUAUGUAUGGGAUGAAUCAGGCGUUACCAUCGAGAAGGGAGUUGAGAUGGCACAAUAUGACAUAGUCAAUGUCACUACAGAGGCAGCCAAGACUACUCUUAGAGGCAUUGAUGUGUAUUCAGUAAUUGAAGUUACUUUCUACAUGCGCCGUUCUAUUGGUUACUUCAUGCUCCAGAUCUACGUGCCAAUUACCCUCGUUGUCUGUAGCUCUUGGAUAUCCUUCUGGAUAACACCAUCUGAUUCUUCUGGCCGUACUUCUCUAGGGGUAACAACAGUUCUUUCAAUAACAACCCUGGGGUUUGGAGGCCGGUCAAGUCUACCAAAAGUUUCCUAUGCCACGGCAUUGGAUUGGUACGUGAUUAUUUGCUUCGCUUUUGCUUUUGCAGUCAUGAUUGAAUACGCCAUUAUAAAUUUUAUGGACAAGAUUGCCGAGGACAUCAGAAGACUUCUUGAAGAGGAGGCCAAAAAAAAAUCUGAAUUGGAAGCAACAGCUAAUACAAACAUUGACAAGUCUUUAGAAGUAGAUGAAGAAUUGGAAGAAAUUGAUGCAGAAUCUCUGGAGGUGCAUCCAAAGCUGAGAUAUAAUUUCCUACCACACAGGUGGUUCUCCGUUCCUGCUGACCUGUCGUCUCAAUCAAUAAGAGAUGACCUACCUUGGACUCCAGUUCCUCCCGUCACACCUUCCAGUAGGAGGUCACCCGUCCAGACGUGGAACCGUCAUGCCUUGGCGGUAAUCCUGAAGUUAUGGAAGAACUUCAAUUUCUUACCACAAGGAAAGGAAGGCCUGUCCGAAAAGGGUUUCAGCCAGAUCGACAUCGUGGCAAGGCGUGCAUUUCCGCUAGCCUUCGCCAUUACAAUGACUACUUACACGCUCCUAUAUGCAUACUACAUUACAGAUAUGAGCGUUGACGAUAUGUGA